AGUCUAAUAUUUUACGCUGGCGCUCAAUCUAUAGAGAAGGAAGUACGAGGAAAGAUGUUAUGUUAUUAAUUUCCAGCAGGUCAACAGCUUCAAGAGCAGGCUAAAUGUCUUUUCGUCGUCAACAACUUCAUCACUAGAUCACCUGUAGAUCGUAGUCAAUCUUUCUAUAGUUAUCAUGUUUAUAACAGUUCGUUACGGACUGGACCAGUCUCUGUUGUUUAACCCGUCAUGUACCGUUGUCAAUCUGCUCCGCAGCAUUCGUAUUCGAUGUGGAUACGGGAAUUCUAACAUUGACAUCGAUUUGGCAGACGAGGCAGGUGUUAUGAAAGAACUCGGAAAAUAUCAAUAUGAAUGCGCCGACAAAUUAUUGUCGCCUAAUCAUAUAUACGUCCUGAUUGGUCGAUUGCCAGCUGCCACAUCGUCACCAGACGGAGAAGCUGAUGUACUUUCGGAGCAAGAUUCCUUCGCGCACAAAACUUCUUGCAGUUUUGUCCCUCUACUCGACAGGUACGAGGAGUUGCUACCAAAUUAUAGACUGCAAUUGUUUAGUGACAGCAACCAUGCAAACAAAUCGCCCACACCUAACAACAAGAACUCGAUAAGAAAAAGAUGUCGAAAAUAUGGACGAGCAAAUGUUAAAGAUUAAUGACGAUGAUUACUGUGCCGCUGUAUCCAUUAAGACUUCGAUAAACUGUUUAUUUACAUUUAUCUGAAAUUUGUUUACCUAUAGUCAGCUUUGCGGCCUAUGAUAGGCCUACAUUAUUACCAUAAUUACAAUACUGUAUUAAGUACUGACAACAUCGAUCUACUAAACUACCGGUAGGCCUAUAUAGAUCACCGUUGUACACAAAACAUAAUCUUAAUGUCAUAUCAUAAUUUAUUUAAUAAAAUCAAUAUAUAUUCUAAAAUAUUAUUCUCUUGUAAAUG